UUUGCUGCAAGUGCUUCCAUCUCUGGUCAUGUGACGUCGAGAACCCGGAAGUCGUAGGUGUGUGCGUGUGCUGUCAGCGAGAGAGGAGGCACUGACUGAGCUAAAGCUCGCAUUUAAGACAAGAUGGCAGGACUGCCCCGCAGGAUUAUAAAGGAAACUCAACGUUUGUUUGCUGAGCCUGUGCCAGGUAUCCAGGCAGAGCCAGACGAAAGCAACGCUCGCUAUUUUCACGUGGUCAUUUCUGGACCCCAGGACUCACCUUUUGAGGGGGGUACAUUUAAACUAGAACUCUUUUUACCGGAGGAAUACCCGAUGGCAGCACCAAAAGUCCGCUUCAUGACUAAAAUAUAUCAUCCUAAUGUAGACAAGCUGGGAAGAAUAUGUCUAGACAUUCUCAAAGAUAAAUGGUCACCAGCUCUGCAAAUUCGCACAGUGUUGCUGUCAAUCCAGGCCUUACUUAGUGCGCCAAACCCUGAUGAUCCCUUAGCAAAUGAUGUUGCCGAGAAGUGGAAGACCAAUGAAGCUGACGCUAUAGAGACUGCCAAGCAAUGGACCAGACUUUAUGCAGGAAAGCAAUGAAGCAAAGACCAGCCCGUCAAGUGAAGACGCACCCGCAAGUCAAGUGUGAACACAAGUCCUCAUGUUCUGCCAAUACCUCCUUUAUUUGCAUUUGAAGGACACGGUCAUAUUAAACACACACAUACAUACACUUGCUAUAAAUAAACAUGAAUAUAUUGUAAAGGGAAAAACUGCUGGUAAUUAGUUGAAUGCGUUCUAGUAAAAUGACUCGUCUUUGUCCUUAUUAACUCACUACUGUUUGGUCAGAGGUUUAGGUCCGCUCACCUGGCUUUCUUUGUACAUCAAUAGUCUGUCAACUGCUGCUUUUUAAAAGCUUUUCAAGAGGGAAAAACUUGUAUCCCACAUCUUUUGCUGGGGUUGGGGGAGGAUGGGAAAGAGGAAUGGGUGAGGAAAGAAGGGCUAGCUGUGGCCAGUAUGCUAUAUUUUUAUGUUUAUUUUAACUUUGGGUUCCUUUGUCACUGUUAACGAAAAGCCACUAAUAACUACUAAUAGUUACCGCCUGUAGUGUAGCGUGACACCCACCUGGAGAUGCGGUGUUGUUCUGGCCAAUCGCUAAUUUAACUUGCAGAUAAUAGGACUGAAAGCCAAACCUGAGCCUUUUACUGUAACUCAUUGCAUAAAUCAACAUCACUUUUCAACCACUUCUAGCCAGAACUGUGUUUUGUGCUUGACAGUGCUGUGGGGAGUUUGGGUGGACAUCAUGGACCUUGACUUAGUUUGAGCCCCCCCCCCCCCCUUUUUUUUUUUUUUUUUUUUUUAAUUUUAAUUUACAAUAUCUAGAACUUGUGUAUUGUAUCUUUUAUUAGUACAGCCAUGCUAAUCUCAAUUUUCUUUUUUUAAAUAGUGCAGCAUCAGCCUAACACGACAGUUAAGAGAGUUGGGUAUGACCUUCCUCCCAAUGGCAUUUCAACCACCAAGCGAGGGUUCCAUUUUCUAUCACCUUAUUUAAUAAUUCAGGAUUGAGAUGGUAGAUGUGAUGCUGGGAUGUGGUGCGAGCAGGCUCUUCCAGUCUAAAACUGUAUGAUUUGACACCUGAUGUUUGUUGCCGCAAAGUUAAUUGUAAAUGUAUUAUUUUUGAUCAUCUGGGGAGGAAGGUUUUUCCAGUUCUGAGAAUGUUAUGGAAAAACGAUCAUCUGCAUAGAUUUUCAGUUCUGUAAAUAAAGUCAGUUAAUAAAAAUUUGU